GUCUGUGGCACCAGCGGAGUCUUUUGGAUUUAUGUGAUGUUUUUUAUGAUUCUUAUUUUCCAUUUUAUCUGUAACGUUGGUAGGGCAGUGUUGUGUGAGUGUGUCUGUGGAGCUCUAAAAGCAGGAGGAGGUAAGAAGCUUUGAGUGGCAGGCCGUCCUAUGGAAGUGCUCACAUGGAGAGGCCGGCCCCUCGCAGGAUUAAGUGGGAUAGAAAAGGAUUACAAUCUGAGUUUCCAGAGACAUUUUAUAGUAAAAUAACAUGCAUGUUGUCCGGCCAGAAGCAGAAGAUCGCCUUAAUAUAAAGCUAAACUGACAAGAUGCUCCACAGCUACCUGGUCUAAACGUAGGAUGAAGAAGCGUCAGUUUGGUUUGGUUUGGAGGAAAACAGUGGCAGGCGAGUAAGAAGACUGCAGUGAUCUGAUGAACAGAGAAAUUUGUCCAGCGGCAAUCAAUGGAGGAGGAGGAUCCAGUGAUGCAACCUGGACAUGAUGAUAAUGAUGUAGGUUUGGCUCAGAUCUUGACAGAAGUGGUAGAGGAAGUGAGACUGUCCAUAGACAGAGAGGUUAACGGUGCUGAUCUUCUGUACAGUCUCCUCAGUGCUCCUUGGCUUUACUCUCUUCUCAGGGUAUAUGAGUCUCUGGUGCAGCACAGUCGGGAUGCCCCAAGCCCGUACCUGUCGUAUUCCUCGAGACUAUCUCAGGAGAUUAUGGCCAGUGUGCGAGGACUAGCUGCUCCCUCCUCUGAGGCACAAGAACUUUAUAUUCUGCUGAAAUGCCCUCAUAUGCAGGCUUUGCUCUCUGCUCAUGAUUCUGUGGCCCAGAGGGACUAUGGUCCAGUGCUGCCGCCUCUUCCUGACAAACUGCCUGACAAUGAGGAGGCCAUGAGGAUUGUUUGCCUUGUGAAGAAUAAACAGCCUCUGGGGGCAACUAUUAGGAAGAAUGAAAAAACAGGGAAUUUCUUUAUUGCAAGGGUGAUACAUGGAGGGCUGGCAGAUCGCAGCGGACUUCUUUAUCCUGGUGACAAGCUGGUGGAAGUGAAUGGACAGAAAGUGCGGGGACUGCAGCCCGAGCAUGUCAUUCAGAUGCUUGUACAAUCUCAAGGAAAUAUUCUUUUUAAAGUGAUCCCUAAUACACCACAAACCACCAAGAGCCAACCAGCUCUGUAUGUGAGAGCCAUGGUGGAUUACAGUCCUCUGCAGGACCCUGCGAUCCCCUGCCCAGAUGCAGGCAUGGCGUUCAGUAAAGGAGACUUGCUGAAGAUUGUCGACCAGAGGGACAUCCGAUGGUGGCAAGCCAGGAAACUCCACAGUGCCUCAUUGUGCUGUGGCCUCAUCCCCUCCACUAACCAGUUCAGAUAUAAGCAAAGGGAGUUGUGGUGGUCUCAACCUUAUCAGGCUCACACCUGCAUCAGACCCUUAAGUGCAACAGAAGUUGGAGAAGAGGAGAUAACAGAUGAGAACAAAUGCAUUGAAACAGAUGAAGAAGAUUUUGAGUUCGUGUCAGAGGAGGGUGAGAAUGGUGAACAUAUGCAGGGAUUAUAUAUAGCGGGGUUCCGACACAGUCUGCGUGUAUGGAGGAGGAAAUCAUACAGUAAGCGAAAACCAUCAUGUUAUUCCUGUGGUGUCAGCAGCUGCCAUAACACCUCAGCCACCCUUUAUGAAGAGGUGGUCCACUACCAGCGCCACAUAGACGAUCCCCCCCGUCUCAUUGUGCUCAUUGGUCCAUCAGGAGUUGGUGUAAAUGAACUGCGCAGGAGGCUAAUCAAAAUCAACCCUAAUACAUACCAGGGACCAAUAUCUCACACAACACGGUCCCAGAAAAUGGGUGAGAAGAAUGGGCGUGAAUAUCACUUUGUAACCAAGGAAGUGUUCGCGUACAUGGUGGUUAAUCACAAAUUUCUUGAGUAUGGCGAGCAUAAUGGACAUAUGUAUGGCACCAGCUUAGACUCAUUCCAGGAUGUUUUGGACAGUGGAAAAAUAUGUGUUAUUGACCUUGAACCUCAUUGCAUUCAUUCAGUCAGAACCAAGAAACUGAAGCCCUACAUCAUAUAUGUACGGCCUCCAUCUCCUGCCCGCAUGAAGCAAACAAGAAAAGACCCACAUUUUCUUUCCAAUAGAUACAUCAAGAGAUACUUUUAUGAUAAAGACUUUGAAGAGAUUGAGGAAGCAAGCAGGACUAUGGAGGCCAAGUAUCGCCAGUACUUUGACUGUGUGAUUGUGAACGAUGAUCUGCAAGAUUCAUGCAUGGAUCUGUUCACGGCUAUACAACAUGCUCAAGAAGAACCACAGUGGAUUCCUGCCAGCUGGUUUGCUCCUGAUCAUCCAUGAUGCACAGACAUGCAUAAGAACAAACAAUGGAAUUUUUGAAUGGUUGUAAUUAAUGUAAAAGAACUGAAUUGUGAAUAAACAAAUGCCUUUGUUUGUAGUUUAGAAAAAAUUAA